GACUGUAACCAUAUCAACACUUGAAGUCAAAGAUCUGCAGUGGCGCUUUGUUUAAUUCGGAUUUUAUAUCUCUUCGCGAUUUCUUUAUUUAUUUGUUCCUAAACAUCAAAAUUUUAGUAAUAAAUUGUAUUAUCGUACGAAAAGUAUUGGUGAGAAUCUAGUCGAGCGAAGGAAGUCUGAAUAUGAGCCGUUUAUUAAUGUCGGAAUCACCAGCCCUUACCAAAUUAAGAAAUAACAAGUCUAAAAGAGUGCUGCAAGUGUUGCAAGUUUCAGCUACUGAUAAGGAUUUGCUUGUUUCUCCGAACUUAAUGAGUGGAAAUGGAAAGAAACCGGCUGAAUCUCGAAAGAAAACUGAAGUUUAUGAGGAUGGACUAUUAAGUAAAGAAAAUACACCUGUUGUGCCUACUGUUAGACGAUCGAAAAGAAAAAAUAUGGUUUCACAAGAACAAGUUAAGAAAAUGACAUCCAAGGAAGGAACAGAAACAAAGGAGUCCUCUAAUAAAGUAUCAAAGGUUACAAAACCCAAAAAGACUUCUUCAAGAAAGAAUAAAAAGCAAAGUACUGUUGAUUCAAAACAAUCAAAAAUGGAUUCAUUCAUUGCUACUUGUUCUACUUCAAAUACAAUUUUUGAAUCAAAUCUAGAAUUUGUUGGAAGCCCUGUUGAUAAUGAUAUGCAAUUGCAGCAAUCUAAAAAUUCUGUGGAAGUUACUAUUAGUACAAGUAGUGCUCUUACUUCAGCUGCAUCAUUGCAAGAUUCUAAGGACUUGGGAAAUGCUAUCAGUCCAAGUAUGCUUACCUCUGAUAACCCGCCAGAUAGUUAUUGGAAAAUGCUGGCCGAAGAGAGAAGAAUUGCUUUAGAACAAGCACUCUGUGAAAAUGAGCAGCUAUAUGAUCAAAUACAAGUCCUUGAAACUGAAAAUAGUCAACUGAAAAGUUGCUUAAAAGAAGCUGAAAAAUUAGCUGAAGUAUUAAGACAAGCACUUGAUUAGUGCUAUUCUCCAAGAAAAUGGAUUGUGAUGUAACUAUGCAUUUGACUAGAUGAAGCUUGUUCUUUGCAUAUUCUGAAUAGAUAUAUAUAUAUAUAUUAUGUGUGUUUGUAAUGUUUUUGUUUAAAAAAAAUACUUUUUGUAUGAUGUUAAUAUAACAUUUUUCUGUAAAACCAUGCUUUUUAAAA